UACGAAAAUAUAAGCCAAGGCGGCGGUGGCGGAAGUGUGUAGUCAGCGGAGAGUCGUUGCUCUCCAGCUGAUGACGCGGCGUAGCAAAAACGGGAACAACGCGACAGCAAGCAGGGUUUUAAGUGCAGUGGCUUGCGAUUGAGCGGUAGUGUGUGGCGUUUUUCGUUUUCCAGUGGAAGCAAAAUAGACUCCCCCAUCUCCGUCUUUAAUAUAAAAAAGGAUCAGAAUAGUGACAUUUCAUUAAAACUGGGAUUUCUGCAUUUUUAGAAAAGCAGUGUGUUCCCAUGUAAUGUAGCAGACACAAUAGUUUGCAAGCAAUUUUGUGUUUACAUUUGGGCUACGAAGGUUUUUAUAUAGGAAUUUGGCUUGCAAGCCAAAAUGGGCAUUCCAGCUUUCGAUAUUAACGGUUACUAUAUUACAGAGCUUCGUCGUCAGCUUUCUGUAUUUAGGAAAUAAGCUCUCUAUGGAGUUCAUCGUUUAAUGUGUCGUUAGUAUAUAAAAUAAUUGUAAAAAGACUUAAAGGUUAACUUGUAAAAAAUAUAUUCGCUAGAGUUAAUAGUUUUCAGAAAAAGAAAAGAGUAUCUUGGUUUUGCUAUUCCUGCUGAGUGCUUCUCUAUUGGCAUAGAAAGGGAAAAUAGAUUUUGACCAAGUUGUCUGCAUUGUGAUUUCACAUUUUUAUCUGACCAAUUCCAAAGUCCAAUCUUCAGCAGAACGUGCUCAUAUUUGGUCAUAUUUGUAUCAAUCAUUCACUUUUUUUCUCCCUCCACUGUUAUAUGUAAUAUGUAAUAGGGAAAAAGGUCAACUUUCAAAGCAAACGUUCAUGAAUUCAUGUACUCUAAGCAGUAAGUGAAGCCCAGAAUGAAACUCUACAUCCUGAUCUGGAACUUAAUACUGCUAAAAACAAAUGGGUUUCUACAUAUACACAUAAUAAUAGGUCUACUUCCUUUUGGGAAAAGCAAUUUAAUUUUAUUAAACAUUACAAUAUUAAAUUGUUAAAACAAUAAGCUAAAGAAAUUAAGAAAAAAGAUAAGAAAAAACAGCAAUAAAGUAACAGUUCAAUGGUUUAGCACUAUUCACUAUACCUCUGUCUAACUUUGUAGUAGAAUGCUACAUAAUUUUUCCUCAAAGUCAUUAUAUUAUCACCAUUCCCUAGAUUGAAUGUGCACUUACUUGUUUGGUCCAGUAGUUAAGGCACCUGAUAAGAAACUAUGGUACUCUGAGUUCUAGUCCCGCUUUAGGCAUGAAAACAAGCUGGGUGACUUUGGGCCAGUCACUCAAACUUAGCACAACCUACCACCCAGAAUUAUUGUUGGAAAAAUAGGAGGAAGGAGAGUUAGUUAUAUUUGCUGCCUUGAAUUAUUUCUAAAAAUAAUAAGGGUGGGAUAAAAAUAAACAUGAAGAAAUUAUAAUUUGUAAACUACUUACAAUGUUCUCUACAACAAUAUCAGUAAUGUUCUUGUCUGUUUCACAAAUGUAUAGCAUCUCCAUUUUUUCUAUUGAUUCAUAUUCUUGGCUAUUUACUUUUCCUCAGUCUCAAACUUUAAUAUGCUAGAUUGUCAUCGGGUGACCUGAUAGAUAUUGACUUCUAUUACCCAUCAUGGUUUUAGUCAAUCAGGGCUUCAUCAUAAUGUCUUUCAAUAAGAUAAUGAAAACACAGAUUUGAUUACCAACCUUAGUUGCAUCUGUGCCAAACAUAGCAUUCCCUUCUAAUGUUACGGAUAAUGCUAGUUAGUUUAAGCCAGUGGUGAAAUUCAAAAUUUUUCCCUACUGGUUCUGUGGGCAUGGCUUGGUGGGUGUGGCAGGGGAAGGAUAUUGCAAAAUCUUCAUUCCCACCCCAUUCUGGGGCCAUUUCUGGUAUUUGCCAGUUCUCUGAACUACUCAAAAUUUCUGCUACCGGUUCUCCAGAACCUGUUAGAACCACCUGGAUUUCACCCCUAGUUUAAUACAUUCUUUGGGCAAAAUGUAGGAAAAGCCCAAACAAGUAGGGUCACUAUUCUUUGCAAGAUGGGAACUCUAAUCUAGAGACUAUCUUGAAAGCCAACAUACUGUUGCUCUCCAUCAGUUACAAGGUAUGCACGUUCAGGACUUGUUUUAUACAGUGAAUUACAUUCUGACAUUGCAGAAAUAGGAAAGGUAAAUUUUCAUUAUUAAGAAUAGUGUAAAUACUUGUUUGCAAAUAGAUUGUAUCAUUAUCUUGAAGCUAUAUAAUUACAGUAUACCAUUUAGGAACUGAAAAUGUUUGACUCCAUAGUUGUUUUUAAGAAUUUAAAAGUGUACCCAAUAACAUUUUCUCCAUUUGUUUAUAGAAAUUACAUUAAUACAUCAAAAAUGAGCAAUUUGGAAGAAGCUGAACUACAACUUUCUGAAUUAGAUUUACUUUCUAGUAUGUUUCCUAAUGAAGAUGACUUUAAGGUGACUGAUCAGUUGGCUUUAGCAGAACUGAAAGAUUAUGUUGGAAAACGUACUUUAGAAGUGCCAUCUUCGAAAAUACAAUUCAUCUUAUAUUUAGAUGUAGAAAGUCCAGAUGAAAAUAAGGUACCAUUUACUUUGUGCUGUGCUUUCCCAUUAAAAUAUCCAACUAUUCUUCCAGAAAUCACUAUAAGAUCUCCAUUGAUAAGCCGAUCACAGCAAGUUCAGAUGAAUGCAGAUCUCAUUGCUUACUUGAAGAAACAUUGUGCUGGUGAUGUUUGCAUAUUAAAUGCAAGAGAAUGGGUUAAAGACUAUGCUGCCAUGUAUAUCAACAAAGGACCCUUACUGUCUACUGUUGAGAAAUUAGAUUUUCAGAAAUCAGAAUGUAUUCUCACUAGACUCUGGAUUUACAGUCAUCAUAUUUAUAACAAACAGAAAAGAAAAAAUAUAAUUGAUUGGUCUAAGGAACUCUCUCUUUCUGGAUUCAGCAUGCCUGGAAAACCAGGCAUCAUUUGCGUAGAAGGACCACAAAAGAUGUGUGAAGAAUUUUGGGCAAGAAUAAGAAGAUUAUCAUGGCAGCGAAUUUUAAUCCGGCACAGAGAAGACAUUUCCAUAGAAGGGACUGAAGCUGAAAUGGAGAAAGAAAAGAAGUUUAUGAUUUUUGAAGAAAAAAUAUUUGAUGCGCAUGGUGCUAGAGGGAAUCACAUGGAUUUGGGACAAUUGUAUCAUUUUUUAAUUGACAAGAGUUGUGGUGAAAUAUUUCAACUCUAUUUUGGAGUUGAAGGACAAUAAGUUAAUUUGGGAAAAACAUUAAGGAUCUAAACUAAGGAUGUAGAUUUUUUUUCUUUUUAUUUUAUUGAAAGAAUAUAAUUCUAAAAGUUGUAUUUUAUACUUGAAAAAUAAAUCAAUGGAUUUGAAACUGGAUGCCAGAAAAUGUUAUUUGCUUUGGUAAUUUAAGUAAAGUUUCUGGAUAUAUUAUCAAUACCUCAUUGCUGUUUGUAUUUCAGAAAUAGCAAAGUUCUGUGCUUAUAUUACUCGGGGAUAGAAGAAAUGGCUAUGUACAGUAUCUGAUCUUGGCUAAAAUUAAGCCUUUUGCCAGUUUUACGUUAAAAUAUUUUAGUUCUUUUAUAGUUUUAUGUGGAUAAAUAGUUCAGUUUGCUAUGAAAUUUGUUUGCAUUGCAAGAUGCUUGAAUAUGUUGUUCUCUGGAACACUGGCCAGAUGUUUUAGGUCUUAAUUCUGUCUUGAACCAAGAGGUGCAACUCCUUUCAAUUAUCUUGCAAUUGAUCAGGAUUCUACUGAGCAGCAGGUAAUACAUUUGCAAAGAACUCCAUAGUUCACAGGUGUAUCCAUGAACCUAAACUGAAAAAUUACUUCCAAAUCUACACUGUGCACAUUGGGAAAAAGAUGAUACGGAAAAAUAGGAUGGCAGUGGGGAUACUGUCUUUUAAUUGAUUGAAGAAGAUGAAUUUCUAACAUAUUCUGGACUCUCCUGGAUCAGGAGUCCCUAUGCUCAGUCAUUCAAAGCCCUGGUCAGCUCAUAUCUGACUACUGCAAGGCACUCUACAAUGGGGCUACCCCUGAAAAGCACUUAAAAACUACAACUGAUGCAUGGGCAGCUUCUGGGCCUCCUAGAAUUGCCCAUGUUACACUGCAGCUAGUGAGCUGCACUGGCUGGUAGUUUGCUUUUGAGUGCAAUUUAAAGUGCCUAUAUACUACCUAUAAAGCCCUGCAUGGCAUGGGUCCAGGUUACCUGAAGAACAGUCUCAUCCCAAUGGGACAGGCCCAUUCCAUCUGUGCCAGCAAUGCUGUGGAUCCCAUCAUUCAAGGAAUUUCAGCUGGCAGUGUCCAGAAGAGCCUCCUCUGCCAUGGCUCCUGCUCUUUAAAAUAACUUGCCCACCUGGGGCGAGACCACUCUCACGCUCUUGACCUGGGUCUGAAAAACCUGGCUCUGCCAGUUGAGUUGGGGACUAGCAUGCUAGAGGUGGUUGAUGGACUAAUAACAGAUCUCACCCCUCCACUCCUUGUUCCCUCCCUCUCCAUCUUUUAUCUACCUACCUACCUAAUUGCAACUAUUUACAAUUAAAAUUAUACACAUUUUUUGUUCGUGGUGAUCUUUCACUUAAAAAAAAAAACAUUGCUCAAUGUAUUUUUACCCCUGUAUUGUUUUUUGGGGGUGGGGGAGG